GCAAGUACACGGCCGAGGACUACCAGGAUCUGGUCAAACAGCUGCAGCCCCUCAACCUGCGCGUCGUGAAGAUGGAGCCCGACGGCAACUGCCUUUUCAGGGCCAUCGCCGACCAGCUGUGUGGAGACCCAGAAGAGCACAACCACUACAGAGACAUGUGUUGCAACCACAUGAUCGAGAAUGCAGAUGAGUUCUCGCUCUUCUAUGCAGACGAGGACUUCGAGACCACCUGCGACUGCUUUGGUGCCUACGUGGAGCGCAUGCGGAGCCCAGGCAACUGGGGAUCGCAACUGGAGCUCAUGGCCAUCUGCCAGACUUUCGGGGUGAACGUCAUCGUCCACCAGGUCGGUUCGCCUUCCUACGAAAUGGAGUUUAGCCCGGCAGAUGCUCGCUGCCUUCAGCUGUCCUACCAUGAUGGAGAGCACUACAACAGCGUCCGGUUUGAAUGGGAUCUCUGUCCUGGCAAGCCGGUCAGCUUCCUUUCUCUGCAGCAGCUGAAGAUGAAGGACAGCGACGUCGUCGCGCUGCUGGAAGAGGUGAAGUACAGCUUGCCUCCCAACCACGGCUUCGAGGAAGCAACACUUCGCUCGACGCUGCUGCAGUCCAAGUACGACGCCGGGGCAGCUGUGGAACUGUUGCUCAACAAACUGGCGGGCGUUGCAGAGACACUCUCUGCUCCAGUGGAGUCGAAGGAGGCCGCAGCCGCUGCACUCGAGCAGGGGCCGUCGGAUGCCACCCCAGCGGCAGCCACCCAG